AUGUCAUUUCAUGCACCAAAGGAAGAAAAGCUCAUUUUUUGUGACCUGGCCGGCCUCUUUUCGGGCAAAAACAGUGCACACCAGGAUACGAUGGGCAAUGUGGAGGCAUGGGUGAAUGAUGGAGGUUGCUUUAUCUCGACUGGCGCACGAAAAUAUCCUUCCGGUGAUUUCCGUCCAAAAGUGGGGUUUGUAUCCUUGACCAAGAGGAUCACAAUGGUGGUGUCGGAAGCGCGAGAGGUGGCCGGAGUUGGCGGGAAAAUAGCCGGAAAGUGGCGAGAUGGUGGUGGUAGCGCCCAGAAUUACAGCAAUGAAUCGAAACGGAUUUUGGGUGGGGUUUGUAGGGAAUGGAAAAUGGUGAAGAAUGGCGGUGGUCUCAUGUAA